UCUUCGGUGAAGACAUCAAAAGGCAUCAUCAGUGCAUCUCGAUCCCUUUCUACUGGUUACGUAUGAGACUUCUGCAUGGGUUGCAGUUGCCUACGGCCCGGCUGAUCGCGGGCCUCACUCAUACUAACACCAUCCAACCAACGGCGAGACGCUGCAGCCCGACUCAUUCAAGAUGGCUCUCAGAUUCCUCCGGCCAGCGGCAGAACGGGGACUGGACGCAAGAUGAACUCAAUCAGCUGAGAGCGCUUCUGGCUGAUGGAAAGAGGCUGUGUGAUGCUGCAGCAGUAUUGAAGCGAUCCAGAUAUGCUGUCCUGCAAGUGUCCAAGUUCGACGCACGGAAGAAUGGCUGGUGGACUCCGGAACGCCCUGACGAUGUGGGGAAAUUUCGACAGAACAAGGACGUCCGGCGACUAGAAUCAGGCGAAUUUGAAGUGGAAGAAAAGCCCGAGUCCGUUCCAAGGCAACGAUGGACCGAAGCAGAAUAUCUCAAAGCUCUUGAGAUGCGUGAAUCUGGUAUGUCUUUGCGAGAGAUCGCGAACCGGCUUCACCGCUCGCUUGAAGGCGUACGAAAUCAGUUCCAGCGCCGACGAAGCAAUCAGGAUAUUCCAUUUGCUGUAGGCCCCUGGACUCCUGUUGAAGACGAGCAGUUACGUACAUUACGCAAAGAUGGGCACAGCUUUCAAGAGAUUCAGAAGGCGAUACCGCAUAGGACAUCGACUUCCAUCAAGAGAAGAAUCAGCGAAUUGCGUACCCAUAUUAAUAAGAGAUCAACUCCCGGACGCUGGGGCGAAGAAGAGAUCGCACUGCUCCGCCAAUUACGUUCGAAAGGACUAGAAUGGAAGGACGUCUCAGCACAAUUGCCAGGAAGGAGCGCGACCGCUUGCCGAACGCUGUAUCGGAAAGUGACAAGUGAGAAUAUUGCAAGACGAUGAAAUCAUUGAACAAAGAGCCAGAGGUCGGAUUCAGGGGCCGCUGCCAUAUUCGACAUUUCUACUGAGCAGGUCCACGGAGCCCUGGCCAACACUGGGCAGCGGAAGAUGUCGCAGUCGUUGCUUUACGCCAAGUCGCCGCAACGGACCACGUGCGAAGCGAUAAUUUCUGAGCGAAACCCGACCAAGUGCAACAGCCGAUGAUAGCUCACCAAAGCGCAGUCUCCUCUACGAAGAG